GCUUAUUGUCAACAUUUAGAUUAUUUUCUAACAUCUGCUGUUAGAAUAAAAAAAUGCACAAUAUUUUUUAAAUGAAAACCCAAUUCGCGAAGAAGCUUUUAGAAAAAUAUGGAUGGAAUACAGGUGAUGGAUUAGGUAAAAAUAAAGAUGGAAUUAAGGAGCCCUUAAAAAUUUCUAUAAAAAAAGAUAAUGAUGGAAUUGGUUUUGAUCGUUCAUUAGAGUUUUCCAAUCGUUGGUGGGAAACACUCUACAAUAAAGCUGCAGAUAAUGUUAAUCCAUGUAAAGAUAAUAAUAAAUCAGAUGAUCAUUUAAAUUUAAAACCUAAACUCAAGAAACAAAAACUCAAGCAUGAUGCGAAAGAGAAUGAUAGGAAUUUAUCAAAAAUAUUCAAUAAGCACAAACAAAAGGGCAAAUUAAAGAGGAUUAUAGAACAAGAAAAGCAAUUCGAACAAAAUACCAAUUGUUAA